UCGUUCGCGACUAACUUCACAUCGAGCGGCAAGGAAUCGCGUCGCUAUUUUUGCUUUGUUUGGACGAGAAAAUUUCACGUGAAUUUUUAUUGAACAGCUCACAGAUGUUCUUCCAGAGAGCGGUCAGUGUAAUCAAUCCCCUCCGGGGAUUGCUCUGCACGAAAAGCUCGAUACCUCUUGCUCAAUCUGCUUCCACGAAGACAGUGGAAGAGAGAGUUGGCCUGCCACCGAAGCCCAAGAAGCCCCUUACUCCUUAUUUUAGGUAUAUGCAGGAGGUGAGGCCGAAGAUGGCAGCAGAGAACAGUCAGCUGACAAUGGGAGAGUUGAUCAGGAACAUCGCCAAACAGUGGAAGACUGUGGAUGACAGCAAGAAGAGGAAGUAUGAGGAGGAAUUCAGGAAGGAUCAGGCUGUGUAUCUGCAGAAGAGAGCUCAAUAUGAGAGUAAGUUGACGGAUGAGCAGAAGGAAAAUAUUCAGCUGAUGAAGGAGACAAUUGCUGAGGCCAAAGAGAAGAAGGCCUUCAGAAAGAAAUUGAGGGAAUUGGGAAAGCCCAAGAAGCCGCAGUCACCGUUUCUCAGGUUUCUCAAUGAGGAGCGCCUGAAGAAACCCCAGGGAAAUGAGCCAUAUCGUGAGUGGCUGAAUACGGUGUCUGCCAAAUGGAUGGGUCUUCCGGAGAAGGCUAAAGAUGUUUUUGUCCAGGCCAGUCAUGUGGAGAUGCAGAAGUACCAAGAAGAGCUGGCUAAAUGGGAGAAGAGCAUGGUGAAGUUGGGCCAUUUGGAUGUGGUUCGUCAUGAAGCACUGCUGGAAGUUCCACCGCCCAAAUCAAGGAAACGCUCAACAAAAGCAUAGGAAUUUUGGUGUCCUCAAUCAAAUCAAUCGCCGCAAGUCACUGACCACGGCGAAGUAUCCAGGUUGAGCGCCAUGGCAGAGGACAGGAGAGAUUUGUUUGGGGGCACGAGUGACCAGGAAAUCAAGGACAAUAGUCAAGAUAGAUCAGAUACCAUUGGGAAGGAAGCUACAAUACCUGCAGAGAAGGGAAAGUUUAUCAAUUCCCUCAAGUCAAUCUUCAAAUUGGGAAAGAAAAAGUGAAAUCAUAGUGUGCCUCUUAUUUUAUUUUUUCCGGAAGUUUCCCGGAUAAAUUCCUUCUCAAAAACCAUUUAUUUUUUUUGUGUAAGUUAGACAGUUGCAUUAAAAACCUCCAUAUUCAUAUUCGA